CCACCGCCACUAAGGCCGCCGAGAUUAUCAGCCGUCGUUGUGUGCGUGCGUUAGCGUGUACUCGUGUGCGUGUGCGUUCGUGAACGAGUGUGAGCUCAGUAAAGUGGCGAAGGGGGAAAUAGUCGAAAGAAAAAAAUAAACUGACAACAGCGACGACGACGAACCACUCGAACCAGUAUUGGUUACACCCGAUAAUCGUCGUUCGUCUGCCGUCUGCUUUAAUUUUCGUUUAGUAUUGGUAUUAUUAUUCGUUGUCCGACGGCCCUUGAAAUAUAUAUUGCCUUCGAGUAACUAGAUUAUUAUUAUUCAUUUUUAUCUUUUAUUAUUUUUCGUUUUAUCCGUCACGAUAAAUACCGAAGCCCGUCACCGUCGUCCACAGUGUGACGUCCAACGCGCGCCAGUGUACUCUGUUACGCCGUCGGCGGCCGUCGUCGCCGUCGUCGCCGUUGUCUUCCUCUUCGUCCUCCUCAACGACAUCGACACCCACAGUAGCCCCUUUUAGACGUUUCAGCAAUCGCUCUACGUUUUUUUUUAUUUGCGUCACUCAUUUACCAAACGCGCAAGCCCGCACACCUGCGCUGCCGCCACCAUUUGAAAAUGUCCCGGGAAAACGUUUGACUUUCCGCUCUUAAAGGAGAAUCGGUAUCGCCAACAUCGUCCAGGUAUUUAACUAUUGCAAUGGAAUUUUUAAUGACAAAGGAAUCUGAUGAAGUCGUCUCUAUAUUGUCCCAAAAUAAUGAAUCUACCAAUACCAAAUUUCAAAAUGCAAACAUUGAUCAAAUUAAUAAUGAAGAAGUUUCUACUGUAUCAAAAACUUUAUCUGACUGCUUAGUAGAUAUCCCAAAUUCGCCAGAUUCAGCAUGUAGAGUUCAAAAUUUGUUAUUGAAUAUGAAAUCUAAAGAACUCAGCACUAAUUGUGAUGAAAAAGAUAGUAUUGAUAGCAAUAUAAAACCUUACAGUGACAAUGUUAAUAAUCUAAAUAUGUGUAGUUUACCCUCUUCUACUUCAAUUUCGUCUAGUGAAACUCUUGUUUUUUCAAAUACAAAUGAAUCAAUUUAUUCAGAUUUAAACAAUAUUUUUACAACUAAUAAAAAACAAGGGUUUUCAAUUGAAGAAAUUAGUAAUGACAAAACUUCUAAAAAUAGCCAAAGCAUGUUAACAUACUCAAACGAUUAUACUUGUUUUUUAAGUGAACAAACAGAUGCUAUAAGCGAUUUAACACCUUUCAAAAGAAGUAAUAGCUAUUAUUUUGACUCUCCUGUAAAAAAGUUAUGUACUACAAAACUGCCUAUCAAUGAAAAAACAAAUGAAGUGGUUAACAGCAUUAACUUGUAUUCAAAUAAAAAAGAUAAUAAAAUAUUCAGCGGAUUUACAAGUAUUCAGGAUGACUUAGAAGUUGAUUGUACACAAGAUCGAUAUGAUGGAAGCGACUCUGGAUUUGGAUCAGAAUUAGCAGAAGAUAAGAAUAGUACUAGCUUAGAUGUAGCAGUUUCAUCAUCAAGUGCAUCAUACAAAACAUUGAACCAAGAAUCUAGUUUUGAAGAUCUGCAAAGAACUUCAAAUGAAUUUUUGUCAGCAAUGGAAGUGUUGAAACCAAAGUUUUCAGAUUCCAUUAUAGAUACAGGACCAUUAGACAUUAAGAAUAAUUACGGGAUUGUUAAAGGUAUUUUAAAACGCAACAAACCACUCAAUUAUGGUGUUCUAUCAUCUGAUGUUACAACAGUGAAGAAACGCAAAAAUAUAAAUUUUGCAAAUGUAACAGUCUUUUACUUUCCCAGAGUUCAAGGAUUUACUUGCGUCCCUUCACAGGGUGGUUCUACUCUUGGCAUGACAAAAGUUCAUAGUGCAUCACGAGUUUUUUCUCUGCCUGAAUAUAUGGCAGAACAAAGAAGAAUACGUCGAAACUUGAUUCAACUAAGUCAAUCCGAGGUGUCUGGUACAAAUAGUGAUGACAGUGAUAGCGAUGUAGGAGCAGCAGAUGUUUACUCUGAAUCUGACGCAGAUGUGGAUUCAGAUAGCAAUGGGAGUUUUUUACAACCCGUACCUACACGACAGAGACGUGCUCUAUUGAAGGCAGCCGGUGUUGACAAAAUUGAUUCUUCAGAAAAGGAUGAUUGCAAAAGCAUAAGAUUAUCAAGAGAAUUCUGUGGGUGUUUGUGUCGUGGUUUUUGUGACCCAGAUUCAUGUGCUUGUUUUCAAGCAGGAAUAACAUGCCAAGUCGAUAGAAUGAAUUUCCCAUGUGGGUGCACAGUAGAUGGCUGUGGAAAUUCUGUUGGUCGCAUAGAAUUCAAUCCAACAAGAGUUCGAAAGCAUUUCAUUCACACCAUAAUGAGACUUGAAAUCAAAAAGAGAGAAGCACAAGAAGAGGAACACUGUAAUAAGCUAGCUAUGACAUCACCAGUUUUAUCUAAUUUUUCCUAUAAUGAUUCUAGACAACCUUAUUAUCAACCACAACACUAUGAACAAAAUUUAAAUGAUUAUAAUUAUCAUUCAUUUUUCCCUGUUUAUGAUAGCAAUCACAUUGCCCCAGAAAGUAGUACACUGAACGAUUAUCAGUUAAAUAGUAACACUUUAUAUGAACCAUAUCAGUCAUUUCCCUCUGCAUUUGUGCCUUUAUCACAAGAUAGACCCAGAGGAUUAUCUGUUAUAGACAAUAAGCCGGAAACAUUUACAGACUUAUUGCAGCCAUACAGCUUCCAAAGUAUUGAAAGUACUGAAUCACUUGGUAUUUCAAAUACUUCAAGUACAUUGAUUUCGGAUAGUUUCAAUUUAGAAACGGAAAAUUUAGGAGAAAUCAUUAAAAAUACAAUGGUUGAAAGUGUCAAUUCUUAAAACUUCAUUCUAUGACAACUUUUUAAAAAAUAAAUGUUUUCUUUAGUUAAAUUUUUCAUUAAUUGUUGUCUAAAUUAAUAAUUUUUAAUUUGAUUAUCCUAAUAUUAAUAGUAUAGGCUUUCUCUGUUUCAUAUAAGAGUAAUCACAGACAACAAAUUAUUUUUAUUUGGUCUAUCGGACAGUUUAAUAGUUUUUCAUCGUCGGCAUUCAAUUUUGAUAAUUGGCCAUGACUAAAAAAUACAGAUGGUUGAAAUAAUCAAGAGGACGUCGCACCUGCAUGUGCUGUUUCCGUCUUUCACACGUACAACAUAGGAAAUGUUCGUUCGCUAGUUUCAAUAGGGUAUUGUCAGUAUUGAUAUUAGAGUGAAUCCACCUAUUAUCAAACUUUUAGGUAGCAACAUUAUCUGUGUUCUCUCGUUGGUUUU